UGUAAAUAAACCACAGCUUUAGCUGUAAUUGUCGUUUUUCUGUAAACGUGAGCAUUUAUUUAUCAGCAGGGGACUUAAAAGAUACUGCUCAUGCAUUGCUCGAUCAAAUGGCUCACAGGCUUCAAUAAACCAGACACAGGGAACCGAUGAGAGGGCAACCUUUUAGUUUUACAUUGUAUGUUUUUUGUAUGAAAAACAAUUCGCUGCCGACAUGAAGAUCACAGACAGCGUGUUACGAAGUUUCAGGGUUGCCAGAACAUAUCAGCUAAAUUCCCAGAAAGUCAACUGUGUGGACUUCAGCCCAAAUGGUGAAAAUGCAGUAUCAAGCAGCGACGACGACUGCAUUGUGCUCUAUGACAUCCAGGAAGGAAAACCUAAAGGGACCCUGUACAGCAAGAAGUAUGGAGUAGACCUCAUCCGCUACACACAUGGAGACACGCAGACGGUGGUCUACAGCUCCAACAAGCUGGAUGAUACCAUCAGAUACCUGUCACUCGCUGACAACAAGUACAUCAGGUAUUUCCCAGGUCACACUGCAAGAGUUAUUGCUCUCUCCAUGUCACCAGUGGAUGAUACGUUUAUCUCAGGUUCGCUGGAUAAGACGAUCCGGAUCUGGGACUUGCGCUCUCCAGACUGUCAAGGUUUGACUAAUCCACUGGGGAAACCUGUAUGUUCCUUUGACCCUGAUGGGCUGAUAUUUGCUGCAGGCGUAGAAUCACAAGCCAUCAAAUUAUAUGACCUUCGUGCUUUUGAUAAGGGUCCCUUUGCCUCCUUUGAGACAAGGUUCAGUCGUGUCUGUGACUGGACUGGACUUAAGUUCAGUAACGAUGGGAAACAGAUUCUCAUAUCCACCAAUGGAGGGAUGAUUCGUGUCCUGAAUGCUUUCAAUGGAUCGGUGAUGCACACUUUCUCUGGCUACAACAACAGUAAAGGUAUCUCCUUGGAGGCCUGCUUCACGCCGGACUCGCAGUUUGUCAUGAUUGGCUCAGAGGACGGGAGAGUCCAUGUUUGGAGCACUGAGAGUGGGAUGAAGGUGGCUGUGCUGGACGGGAAACAUCCAGGACCUAUCAACACUCUGCAGUUUAACCCCAGAUACAUGACCUUUGCUAGCGCCUGCACCAACAUGACAUUUUGGCUCCCGUGUGUUGAUGACUUGUAGAGGGACGUUACCAGAGGGAGUCCUCAUUGUAAAACACAUCACAAUCAUGCAGCGAUGUAGGAUGCCUGGAUACCUUUGGGUCUCGGCCUGAUAGGAACCUCGUGGAACUAAUAUUUUAUAGGGGAAAAAAUGUUUUUUAUAGACUUUAUGUAAAACAUUUUACCUGCAGUGUUUUUAAACUUUUAAAACGGUUGAUGCAGCUGUGACAAAAUGUGACAUACCUCCUGUUAAAAUGAUUUUUUUUUUGUUCAAAACACAAUUCAGGUACAUUACAUUCCGUUAAUAUUUUUAGCCUGUACCUUGAUAUUUCAUGUAUAAUGUAACUGAUUAUCAGUGUUUUUAGGGUGCUUUCACACCUAACCUGUUUGGUUCAUUUAAACUAACACUGAUGUGUUUGUCCUGUUGGUGCGGUUCAUUUGGGCUGGUGUGACAAUGGUUAACCAAACCAUGGUGUGAACAAAACAACCGGACCGAGAUCAAUUGAAAAGGUGGGUCUCAGUCCGCUUUCAAGCAGACUCGACUCUGGUGCUGAACAAACCAACCAGUCUGGUUUUAGCACAAUUUCAAAAAUUAAACUACUAAUAAAUCUAUCUGCAGAUCAUGAAAUCUGUAUAUAUAUAUAUAUAUAUGUGUGUGUGUGU